UCCGGAAUAACUUUCUUACACGUGCUUGGUUCCGAUUCCUCUUCAUCUGAAAAUGGCCAGCCGCAAAGAGUCCGCCGCUUCAGGCUCAAACCCGCUGGAUUUCCCAGUCAAACAGAUCCAGGUCGAUGGGCUGGUGGUGUUGAAGAUCAUUAAGCACUACCAGGAGGAGGGCCAGGGCAGCGAGGUGGUUCAGGGUGUUCUGCUCGGCCUGGUGGUUGAAGACCGUCUGGAGAUCACAAACUGCUUCCCUUUCCCUCAGCACACCGAAGACGAUGUCGAGUUCGAUGAAGUUCAAUACCAAAUGGAGAUGAUGAGGAGUCUCCGACAUGUGAACAUCGACCAUCUCCAUGUUGGCUGGUAUCAGUCCACGUAUUACGGCUCUUUCGUCAGCCGAGCCCUACUGGACUCGCAGUUCAGCUACCAGCACGCCAUCGAGGAGUCCGUGGUGCUUAUUUAUGAUCCCCUAAAGACGGCACAGGGCUCUCUCUGUCUGAAGGCCUACAGAUUGACCCCCAAACUGAUGGAGAUCUGCAAGGAGAAAGACUUCACUCCUGAGGGGCUGAAGAAGGCCGGCGUUGCCUAUGAGCACAUGUUCGAGGAGGUUCCCAUCUUCAUUAAGAACUCUCAUCUCAUAAACGUGCUGAUGUGGGAUCUGCAGGAGAAGAGCACACUGGCUGACAAGCAUGAGCUGCUCAAUCUGUCAAGCAGUAACCACCUGGAGAAGAGCCUCCAGCUGCUGAUGGACCGCGUGGACGACAUGAGCCAAGAUAUCGUCAAGUACAACACAUACUGCCGCAACCUCAGCAAACAGCAGCAGCAGAAGCAGCAGUAUCAGCAGAGGCGUCAGCAGGAGAAUGCGCAGCGGCAGAGUCGUGGAGAGCCUCCUCUGCCAGAAGAAGACAUCAGUAAGAUGUUCAAAGCUCCUCAGGCUCCUCCACGCAUGGACACGCUCCUCAUCGCAGGACAAAUCAACAACUACUGUCAGAACAUUAAGGAGUUCACCUCACAGAACCUUGGCAAACUGUUCAUGGCAGAAGCUCUGCAGAGCAACAGCAGCUGAAGAGAGCGAGAGAGCGAGAGCUGAAAUAUGAGCAACUCCACAGCCUUUCACCAUCACUCAACAGCAACACACCAUCAUAAUCAGCUCCAGGAGAGAUCUUGUGCACUAUUAUGUUUUUUUAAAUGUGCGCAAUAAAAUGAUGCAUCUCUCA